GAGCUCACAGGAAACAAAGUGGGGCCUUGAAGUUUUGAAGGUUAUAAAAAGGCAUUGUUACAGCUGGACCAUUGUAGUUCGAAGGUCACUUGAAGACCUUUUGUGUGAAUGGAGAGUCGCUCUCCCUCACUGCACAUGAUUCAUCCAAGAACCAUCUGACGAAAAAAAAGUCUUCUCAGCUCAGUCUUUUCUGAGCUGCUGGCCGGCUUUUUUUUCCUCACAGUGACCUUGUACCAGCCUACAACAAGACACAGCCAUGGGGAAUACAAGCAGUGAGAGGGCUGCCAUGGGCCAUGGGGACAAGGCCCAGCGGAGGGACAGCCGAGGUGCCAAGGAGGGAGGGGGGCCAAAAAUCCUGAUGGACAGCCCCGACGAUGCAGAUAUUUUUCACGGCGAUGACAUGAAGGCUCCGUUAGAGAAAGAGGAGUUCCUCGCCUGGCAGCAUGACUUGGAAGUAGAUGACAAAGCGCCAACUCUAGACCGACCAACAGUCUUUCGCUGGACUGGAGAUGGCAGGGAGGUCUACCUCUCCGGAUCCUUCAACAACUGGGUCAACAAGAUUCCUCUCAUACGAAGUCAGAACACCUUCGUGGCCAUUGUUGAUCUGCCAGAAGGGGAGCAUCAGUACAAGUUCUACGUGGACGGCCAGUGGACCCACGACCCAGCUGAGCCGGUUGUGAACAGUCAGCUCGGGACGGUCAACAACAUCAUCCAGGUGAGGAAAACGGACUUCGAGGUAUUCGACGCUCUCAUGGUGGACUCGCAGAAAUGCUCUGACAUGUCAGACUUCUCCAGCUCUCCUCCCGGGCCGUAUCAUCAGGACGCAUAUGUUCCUAAACAGGAAGAGAAGAUCAAGUCUCCACCCAUCCUCCCACCUCACCUGCUGCAGGUCAUCCUCAACAAAGACACUGGGAUUUCUUGUGACCCUGCACUACUCCCAGAACCCAACCAUGUCAUGCUCAACCACCUCUACGCUCUUUCCAUUAAGGAUGGAGUGAUGGUGCUCAGCGCGACACACCGCUACAAGAAGAAGUACGUCACCACGUUGCUGUACAAGCCCAUCUGAUUGACGACUUUUUCAUCCGGUCAGAAAACUGCACACUGAGUGUACAAAAUAUCAGCUCCACCUGUUCUUUCCGUAAACGUAGAGACGGCAGGUGAAUUUGGGGUCCUGGAUGAGAAUCCUAGAUCAAGCUAUGGCUAAUAAUAGCUCAGAGAUUAUAUUCUGUACACUCCCUGUAUAUCCAGUUAUUGUGCACAUCUGUUCGGGAUGAUAAAUGUCGCUCAGUCAUUCCAGUCCUACAUAACCUGCCUUUAUUUGUUCACCGGUUGCCCUCUGUAGGUGUCAACAACACUGUCUUUGCUUUGUAGACGUAGAUAGGCAGUAAUAGUGGAGGCUGGGCAUUACGGCAUGUCUGUGGUCAAUACGAACAGGAAUGUAGUGAGGAGUGGGGCUGGGCCGUAUGGAGAAAAAUCAAAACGCACGAGAUCAGUAAUGUGGAUAUAACGACUAAGUGAGCCGAGGCAAACUUUAAAGUCAUGCAGCUACACUUCACGAUAUCUAGUAUCAUAUCACGACAUUGAAAAAAAUAUCAAUAUAUUGCCCAGCAGCCCUACUGGAAAUGCUGGGAUAAUGUGACAGAAAGCCCUCAGAUGCAGGAGGGAGCUGCAGAGUGUCAUUGAAAACACAACAGCAGUACAAUGGAGAAUGUGAAUGAGGUGGAAGGAGUGAAUGCACUGCAGUAGUUCACUGUUUUCAUUUGCCUGUUAAUCUUGAGAACGUGUGGAGUUAUAUUUACUGAUGACGGCAAAGCACACACAUUAUCAUUAGUCAGAAUAUGUCGUAAUAUUUUUUUUUAUACUUUGGUUUAUGAUGUGGUUUGUUGUCAAAAAGUUUCUUUAGUUAGUUGCAGUGAUGUGGUCAAGAUUUAGACAAGAGCAGCUUUUUUUUUUUUUUUUGAGAUUUUAUUAGCUUUGCACUAUGACAACAAAGGUUUAUUUUUGAUGUAGAAUAUGCAUACAGUGUAUGUACACUUGCAGCACGACAAUGCAGAAUAACGCUGACCCUUCUGAACUGGUCUUCACACUGAAUCACAACCAUUUUCCUUCUUUUAUACAAUUUAAAUGCAUUCCAGUCACACCAGACAGUUGAUUUCCGCCAGCUUAGUGAACAUUGACAAUCUUUAGUAGCAGUGUCCGUGUCAGAUGGUUGAGGGAAGAAAAAAAGACAAAGCAGGAAAUGGAAUAAUGAAGAUAUUUGGACUGAAAUAAGGGUCAGUACGAGACAUGUCAUGUUACCUUGAAGAACUAUGAUGAAGGAAUGAGAAUAGGAUCAUUUGACAGAGUCCUACUGUUAUAUAAGUAUGUGAGAUGUAAGUUGUUCAUGUUUGUACCGUUAAUGGUCUUUGUAUUUCAUGACGUCUGACAGGAAUGUGCUUUAAGUUAAAAAGCAAGUGGUUUCUAUUUACAUCAAUGUAUCAUUGCAAUUAUCAGAUUAGACCGUGAUGUUAAUUAUUUCCGUUCUACAGACAAUCUCCUCAGUAAACAUCCCAUUUGUUUGUCUGCUGUUUUCUCAGAAAUAACUAAUAAUUUAUUGAUGCGAAAAUAUAUCGCAGUAUCAAAAAUGUCGUUGACCUUUUGAUGGUGUGUACAUUUUUGUUUCCAAUUUUGAGAGAUAUUUGUAUUAAAGAUUAAGUUACAAAGUCA